AUGGAUAAAGCUGAUGACAAGAUGCAAAUGUAUCUCAAGGAAAAACGGGUAACUCUACAUCCUUAUGAUGAAGCAUACACAUUUAUCUCCAAUUGGAACAACGAACAAAAAACCGCAAAUAAAGCAAAGCAUAGAGUUUUCGUGCCUACUUCAACAAACUACCUAUUUGGAAGUAUUUUUGACCACGUUUCUGUGAUAGAUGCUAGCCCGGUACAAGUAAUGAAAGGUGUGAAAAAUCCGGUUGAGCUGAAUGGAAUGCGACAGAGUCAUAUCCGCGAUAGCGCCGGGUUGGUGAGCUUCUUAAUGCAGCUGGAAGAAGAUCUGCUCGCCGGACGUACGAUGACAGAAAUUGAAGCAGCAGAAAAGAUUAAUAACUUGAGAUCUACAUUGGAUAAAUAUGUGGAUUUGAGGUGA